ACGAACACAACGUCGACACACUACCCCUAUUUGUACCACUCCAUCCAUUCUCGUCACCUGUAUCAACACCUCGAUUUGCCUUCCUUCGCCUCCGAUGCUACUCUCGUGGUCCAUGACAACGAUUUCCUCUCUGACGAAGCUGAACACACCAAAGCCAUCGAGUUGCCUGGUGACGCGGUCAAAGGGACUUUCCACGAGAUACAAGUACACCCUAUGCUCGACAAGCACGAACACGACAUCGACACCCUACUCCCAUUUUUUCCCAUUCUACACAUCCUCGUCACCUCAUGCACUACGCCCGACAAACACGAACACCACGGUGACUUCGACAUCCUACCCGCGACAACGACAGCUAUCGACAUCGACUAUGGACCCUCAUCUACAAACACUAACCUUGAUACCGACCUGUCUCUUCCUGGAUCCACAAACCCUGCUGACGCAUUGGCUCAGAAGCUGGAGGCCACCCACUCCCUCCGAAGUGGUCAGAAGUUCCUCUCAAACAAACUCAGGUCCGCCAGACAGCAAAAGCGCAAACCUCGAGCUUCCCGACUGACUACUGCCCGUGACAGCAUUGCGCGUUCUCGCCACGGGCGCCACGCCAACAAGCUUGUACGUCACCUCAUGCACAUUUGUGAAAGGAUUCGCGUCGACCACACAGCCCCCGUUGACACCUGGGUUGCUAACGUGGCAGAGGUAGGGCUCAGCUCGGUGCUGACCGGACACCGCCCAACGUCGCCGGGAUCACUGCUUCCUCCCAGAGUGGACAUUGUUUCAGUUCCGGAGCCUGGUUCACGCAUCAAGGCCUGCCUUGCACCACUUCGCCAGCGAACGCAUGCGGUCGCAGCGGCAAUCCCAGCCACCACCACCACAUCUUCAUUACCCUGGCAACGCACGUCCUGACUCAUUUUUACGAAUCACCGUUUUACGUCUGCCCACGUUCAACCUCAGCACCAAGAGCCACGAAGUUCACAGGCCACGAGAGCCGAAGAGAACAAGAUGCCACGACAUUAUCACGACUCUCAAGACGCCACGACUGACGCUAUCCCAGUAUGGCAUUCAGAACUGGGAACACGAAAAAACGCCACGACGCAUCAGAAGAUGACCAUUUCACGACUCUCAAGAGACCAUGACACUAUCUGAAGGAGACCACUCCAUACACUCACGCCUGAGAACACGAAAGACGCCCACAACGCCAUCAGAGGAACGCCACUUCACGACACUCACGACUGACGACACUAAUCAAAACGGCCCACGUCAUUGGGCAUACGAUACUCCCUCACAACUCCAGCGAGGCGUGUUCCAGCUUUCAAGUGCGACACCACGUCCUUGCCAGUCGCUGGAGUCGAUGUACAGAGAACCGAGUGACCUCGUCCAUGGAAACGCCU